ACUGGGCGAUUGCCUCAGCAGGUGUUAAAUGUGUGCUUUAGUGUCCUGGAUGGUCUGGCUUCUCUGAGAGGGAGGGGAAAGGUUGUAACCACUCCUUUUGAGGGGCUCGCCUGGGUCACUGUCGUGGAUUUCCAGAGUCAACUGGGCGGCGCCAUGGCUGAAAGAAAAGGAACUGCCAAAGUAGACUUUUUGAAGAAGAUUGAGAAAGAAAUCCAACAGAAAUGGGAUACUGAGAAAGUGUUUGAGAUUAAUGCAUCUGAUUUAGAAAAGCAGACCAGCAAGGGCAAGUACUUUGCAACCUUCCCAUAUCCAUAUAUGAAUGGCCGUCUGCAUUUGGGACAUACAUUUUCUUUAUCCAAGUGUGAGUUUGCAGUAGGGUACCAGAGACUAAAAGGAAAAAAUUGUCUGUUUCCCUUUGGUUUACAUUGUACGGGGAUGCCUAUUAAGGCAUGUGCUGAUAAGUUGAAAAGAGAAAUAGAACUGUACGGUUGCCCCCCUGAUUUUCCAGAUGAAGAAGAGGAAGAGGAAGAAAUUGGUAUUAAAACAGAGGAUGUAAUAAUUAAGGAUAAAGCUAAAGGAAAAAAGAGUAAAGCUGUUGCUAAAGCUGGAUCUUCUAAAUACCAGUGGGGUAUUAUGAAAUCCCUUGGAUUGUCUGAUGAAGAGAUAGUAAAAUUUUCUGAAGCAGAACAUUGGCUCGAUUAUUUCCCACCACUGGCUAUUCAGGAUCUAAAGAGAAUAGGUUUGAAGGUAGACUGGCGUCGUUCCUUCAUUACCACUGAUGUUAAUCCUUACUAUGAUUCAUUUGUCAGGUGGCAAUUUUUAACGUUAAGAGAAAGAAACAAAAUUAAAUUUGGGAAACGGUAUACCAUUUAUUCUCCAAAAGAUGGGCAGCCUUGUAUGGAUCAUGACAGACAAACUGGAGAGGGUGUUGGACCUCAGGAAUAUACUUUAAUGAAAUUGAAAGUGCUUGAACCCUACCCAUCCAAAUUAAGUGGCCUGAAAGGUAAAAAUAUCUUCUUAGUAGCUGCUACUCUCAGACCUGAGACCAUGUUUGGACAGACAAACUGUUGGGUUCGUCCUGACAUGAAGUACAUUGGAUUUGAGACUGCAAAUGGCGAUAUAUUCAUCUGUACUCAAAGAGCGGCAAGGAAUAUGUCAUACCAGGGCUUUACCAAAGACAAUGGAGUGGUGCCUGUUGUUAAGGAAUUAAUGGGUGAGGAAAUUCUUGGUGCAUCACUUUCUGCACCUUUAACAUCCUAUAAGGUGAUCUAUGUUCUUCCAAUGCUCACCAUUAAGGAGGAUAAAGGCACUGGCGUGGUCACAAGUGUUCCUUCUGAUUCCCCUGAUGAUAUUGCCGCCCUCAGAGACUUGAAGAAAAAACAAGCCUUACGAGUGAAAUAUGGAAUUAGAGAUGACAUGGUCUUGCCAUUUGAGCCGGUGCCAGUCAUUGAAAUUCCAGGUUUUGGAAAUCUUUCUGCUGCAACCAUUUGUGAUGAGUUGAAAAUUCAGAGCCAGAAUGACCGAGAAAAACUUGCAGAAGCAAAGGAGAAAUUAUAUCUAAAAGGAUUUUAUGAGGGUGUAAUGUUGGUGGAUGGAUUUAAAGGACAGAAGGUCCAAGACGUAAAGAAGACUAUUCAAAGAAAGAUGAUUGACAGUGGAGAUGCACUUAUUUACAUGGAACCAGAGAAACAAGUGAUGUCCAGGUCUUCUGAUGAGUGUGUUGUGGCUCUGUGUGAUCAGUGGUACUUGGAUUAUGGUGAUGAGAAUUGGAAAAAACAAACAUCUCAGUGCUUGAAGAACAUGGAAACAUUCUGUGAGGAGACCAGGAGGAACUUUGAAGCUUCCUUAGGUUGGCUACAAGAACAUGCUUGCUCAAGAACUUAUGGUUUAGGCACUCGCCUGCCUUGGGAUGAACAGUGGCUGAUUGAAUCACUGUCUGAUUCCACUAUUUACAUGGCGUUCUACACAGUUGCACACCUGUUGCAGGGGGGCAACCUGCAUGGACAGGCAGAGUCUCCACUGGGUAUCAGUGCACAACAGAUGACUAAGGAAGUUUGGGAUUAUAUUUUCUUCAAGAAUGCUCCAUUUCCUAAGACUCAGAUCCCAAAGGAAAAAUUAGAUCAGUUAAAGCAGGAGUUUGAGUUCUGGUAUCCUGUGGAUCUUCGAGUAUCUGGCAAGGAUCUUAUUCCAAAUCAUCUUUCAUAUUACCUUUAUAAUCAUGUGGCUAUGUGGCCGGAGCAAAGUGACAAAUGGCCUACAGCUGUGAGAGCAAACGGACAUCUCCUUCUCAACUCUGAGAAGAUGUCAAAAUCCACAGGCAAUUUCCUUACUUUGACCCAAGCUGUUGACAAAUUUUCAGCUGAUGGAAUGCGUUUGGCUCUGGCUGAUGCUGGUGACACUGUUGAAGAUGCCAACUUUGUGGAAGCCAUGGCAGAUGCAGGUAUUCUCCGUCUGUAUACCUGGGUGGAAUGGGUUAAAGAAAUGGUUGCCAACUGGGAUAGCCUAAGAAGUGGUCCUGCCAGCACUUUCAAUGAUAAAGUUUUUGCAAGUGAAAUGAAUGCAGGAAUUAUAAAAACAGAUCAAAACUACGAAAAGAUGAUGUUUAAAGAAGCUUUGAAAACAGGUUUUUUUGAGUUUCAGGCUGCGAAAGAUAAAUACCGUGAAUUGGCCAUAGAAGGAAUGCACAGAGAACUUGUGUUCCGGUUUAUUGAAGUUCAAACACUUCUUUUGGCUCCAUUCUGUCCGCAUUUGUGUGAGCACAUCUGGACACUUCUGGGAAAGCCUGACUCAAUUAUGAAUGCUUCAUGGCCUGUGGCAGGUCCUGUGGAUGAAGCCUUGAUACGUUCCUCACAGUAUCUCAUGGAAGUAGCACAUGACCUUAGACUGCGACUUAAGAACUAUAUGAUGCCAACUAAAGGAAAGAAGACUGAUAAACAACCAUCUCAGAGGCCCUCACAUUGCACCAUCUAUGUGGCAAAGAACUAUCCACCUUGGCAGCAUACAACUCUUUUGGUCCUGCGUAACCACUUUGAGGCCAGUGGUGGAAAAUUGCCUGAUAACAAAGUCAUUGCUAAUGAACUAGGUAAUUUGCCAGAAUUGAAGAAAUACAUGAAGAAAGUGAUGCCGUUUGUUGCCAUGAUUAAGGAAAAUGUGGAGAAGAUGGGACCUCGUGUUCUCGAUUUGCAAUUGGAAUUUGAUGAACAGGCAGUGCUUAUGGAGAAUAUAGUCUACCUGACUAAUUCCCUUGAGCUAGAACAUAUAGAAGUCAAGUUUGCCUCUGAAGCAGAAGAUAAAGUCAGAGAAGACUGUUGUCCUGGAAAACCACUUAAUGUUUUUAGAACAGAACCUGGUGUGCCAAUUUCCCUAGUAAAUCCCCAGCCAUCCAAUGGUCACUUCUCAACCAAAAUUGAAAUCAGACAAGGAGAUAACUGUGAUUCUAUAAUCAGGCGUUUAAUGAAAAUGGACCGAGGAAUUAAAGACCUUUCCAAAGUGAAACUGAUGAGAUUUGAUGAUCCAGUGUUGGGGCCUCGGCGAGUUCCUGUCCUGGGAAGAGAGCACACUGAAAAGACACCCAUUUCUGAGCAUGCUAUUUUCCAUGUGGACCUCAUGAGCAAGAAAAUUCAUCUCACUGAAAAUGGGCUACAGGCAGAUAUUGGUGAUACAAUUAUUUAUCUGGUUCAUUGAACUCAUGGCAAAUUGAAGUUUUACCUUGGUUUCUAGGAAUACUUUACUACACUUAGAUCCUUAGGCUAAGCCUAAGUAAAUUUCAUUUCUAACCAUUAAAUCUGUAUGUAAUCACAAGUUAUCUUUGAUUCAUGAACCUAAUAAAUUUUCCCCCAUCUUUGGGCCUCUAAGAGAAAUGGGUUGUGCCUUCCUAUGUUAUUUUUUUGGACAAAUUAUUGCCAUUUAUCAGAAGUUUCUGGUUCUCAACACAAAAAUGUCAAUAUGCUUAUUUUAUGAGGCAUACUUUUUAUUGUUUAUGAAGGUUAAGGAAUAUCUCACAGCUUUUUAUAAUAUAUCCAUUUGAAGAGUUAGCUAUCUUUCUUAUUUAAAAAGAAAAAAAUAGUAAAUAAGAUAGCCAGUUCUAUUUAAGGAUGAAUUCUCAUGAUAUAAAAGAGCAAAUGAGAAUAUUUUAACUAUGAUUACUGAGUAUUUCGUAUGAAAGACAAAUAGUUCUGUAUUUUUUAAAACUUUUAAAAACUUUAACCAGUUAAUAAUAAUUUGUUUUUCAGAACUAAUAGCAGUAUUUUAUAAGUAGUUUAUUUCAUCUACACUAAUUUAGGCAUUUUAACAAAGGAUUUUUUCUCCUAGGAAUUUGCAUUUACUAAAUUUGAGUCUAAUUGUGUUUAAAGAUCUUUGUUAUAUUUUUAUGGUGCUAGGGGUUGAACCCCAGGGGUGUUCUACUACUGGGCUUCAUGUCCAACUCUUUUUAUUUUUUAUGUUAAGAUGGAAUCUCAAUAAAUUGCUGAGGCUGGUCUUGAACUUGGGCUCCUUUUGCCUCAGCCUCCUGAGUUACUGGGAUUAUAGACCUACACCAUGUCCAGUUAUUUUAUUAUUGCUGAAAACUUUUAAUAUUAUCUGUUCAUCAGUCUUCAUAUGAGAAAAAAAUGGAAGGCAUUGACUAACAGAGAAUAACAUUUCUGUCUCUGAUGAAUUUGAUAUGGGAAAAGUAUAUUUUGAUAAUUUUAAUGAAUUGUAAUCCUAAUUGUGAGGUCAUAUGGAUUUUAUUUUACUGAGUUUCUUGAUUUAGCUCUGUAAUUCAGGGUUACUCAGCCUAGUUGAACAUUACAUUUUGGAUUUAUUGAAGCAAAUUAUAGAAGUUCAGAACUGAAAUGUCCCUUAGAAAUCACCUAGUGCAAGUUAUCAAAUAUAUGCUUGGGGCAGGCAGUAUGGAGUAAUGAGAUAAGAUCACAUGCUCUGAAGUCAGACAUUCUAGGCUAGAUUCCCAUUUCUUCUAUUCUCUGUGUGAUCUUAGAAAUUACUUAGAGCCUCAGUUUAUUCUAUACAAAGUAACAGUGGCAUAUGAGAUAUUUAGAUAUAAUCUAGGAAAUUGUAUCCUUACUGUUUUGUUUUCUGCUUAUUCUUUCUGUUUUAAAGAGAUUUACUAAAAUCUAUCAUGGUACUUUAUUUACUCCUUAUAGUUCCAACAGCUUUUACUUUGCAUAUAAAUUUAGAUCAUAUCAUCUUUCUGAUAAAUUGAACUUUUUUUUAAUUUCAAUGUUGAGGACUGAACCCAGGAAUGCUUAACCACUGAGCUACAUCCCUAACCCCUUUUCUUUUUCUUUUUUGUUUUGAGAUAGGGUCUCUAAGUUUCUUUGGACUUCGCUAAGUUGCUGAGGCUGGCCCUGAACUUUAGAUUCCCCCUGCCUCAGCCUUUCUAGUUGCUGGGAUUAUAGACAUGCAGUACCAUGUCCAGAUAAAUUGAGCUUUUUUAAUUAGAAAGUUUUUAAUCUCUUAGUUUAUUUUUUCUUUCUUUUUUUUCUUUUUUUGCCUAAAGUCUAUUUUGUCUAACACUAAUAAAGUAAUUCCAGUUUUAUUUUGACUAGUGUUCAUGUGGAAUAUCUUUUCUAUCCUUUUACUUUUAACCUUCUGUGACUUUAUUUUACCACUUUAUUUUGACAAAUUUAAAAUCUACAGAAAAGUUGAAAGUAUUGGCUAAUAAACAUCCUUAUACCGUUCACCUAGAUUUAUGAAUUGUUGGUAUUUUGCCACAUGCGCUUUAUCUGUCUAGCUACAUAUUUGUAAGAUAAACUUUUUAGUUUGGAAUAGUUUUUAUAUUUAUAAGAAAGUUGCAUCUAUAGGACUGAGUUCUUGUACAACUUUCACCCAGUUUACCCUAUUAACAUUUUAUAUAACCUUGAUUUGGUUGUCAAAGCUAAUUAACAUUGGUAUAUUACUGUUAACUAAAUAUAGACUUUUUUUGUUUUUUUAAAAAGAUUUCUCUAGUUUUUUCACUAACGUCUGUACUAUUAAGGAUCUGAUUCAGGAUACCACAAUGCAUUUAGAAUGUACUUUUUAAAAUUUGGAGCCAUUUGAGAAUAAAUUACACCAUGACAGUUUUUGAGUAUAUUAAAACAUGCAUCUCCUAAGAACUAUGACAUUCUAUAUAAUCACAAUAUCAUUGUUAUACCCAAGAAAUUUAGGAUGAUACAGUAAUACUAGAUAAUAAGCUUUCAUAAUAAAGUUGGGAUAAUAA